GCUUGGGAUACUGCCUACUGCGCAACAGAGCCCCGGCUUUCCAUCCGGCAGGCGGUCCAGCCUCCGUCUCCUCCGCCUCCGCCGCCUUUGCCAGGCGCAGCCCACACGUUGCGGCGGACGCCACUUCUCCCAUGGAUGCGGACUGGACAUGGGCGUGCCGGGCGUGGGAGAAGUGGACCGCGAAGCACGUCGGAUCUUCCGUUGCAGGGAUGCCGGUCAAGGCGGCGCUGCUGCUCAACUACGACCCGACCGGAUCAUCUCGCCUCCUCCCCAUCGUAGCAGAGGAAGAGGGAACAAAAUUUACUGCUGUUGAUCUGCAACCAUUCAUAAACUUCUUUAGGAGGAACAAUCUGCAGACGGAAUUCUUUUCUAUUGGACCAAACCAAUAUUUGGUCACCUCAAUCCACGAGCACUGGUUUUGUGCUCGUUGUGUUAACACAACACAGCCAGGAGGUGAAGGAGUUAUAGUUAUGCAGAUUGGAGCUUACUUGUUAGUAUCUAUGUAUGAUGGUUCUGUUGGUUCAGCUUCACAAGCAAUGGUGGCUGUUGAUCAGUUUGCAUGGCACUUCAACCGGAGAACACAUUAACUUGUGGUGUAGACUCAUGGCCUUACAGUGUACUGUAUAACCUGACAUGCUGCUUAAUUUUACUGUUGUAUUGUGAUCAGUAGGUAUGUAGUGAAAUAACUAAGAUUCUGUUAAAUGUAGUUGAAUUCAAUCAUAUAACCUUUGCAUAGUAAUUUAAGACCAGUUUCUACGUA